CAUCGACGCAUCUUCCAUGACGCACUAUGUUUCAACGCCAUCAUGUCUGGAUACGGAUAUACGAAGUGAGUGGGCGCUUUUUGGGGAUUUCGUCUUCGCAGUCUCUGUGAAUCGGCGACACUUGGUAUUUCGAAAAGGAGAUCUGAUCUGGCACGGGCUGCACGAGCUUGCCGUCGGGGGUCGCACAUAUAAGAGUCUCUUCCACCUCGAGGCAAACUGAUAUCAUGGAAAGAACAAAAGAACACGAACACUACAUCAACUCCCGACAACCACCCUUACGAGACGCUAGACAUCAUAUCCUCAUCAUCUUACACCAUGGCUUCUACCUGCAAGAACAGUCUCCUGUACAAGAACUUCCACCGACAUCCUGCCGCCCUCCUCGAAUCCACGUCCGGCAUCUACCUCCAGACCAGUGAUGGCCGCAACAUCCUCGACGCCACCAGCGGCGCUGCAGUCGCCUGUCUGGGCUACAGCAACAAGGAGGUACAGCAGGCCGUGAUUGACCAGCUCACGACCGUCCCUUACUGCCAUCCGGGCUUCUACAAGACCCAAUCCGCCGACGACCUGGCCGAUUUCCUCGUUCAGUCUACCGACGGGCAAAUGUCCAAAGCCGUCUUGUGCGGAUCAGGCUCCGAAGCAGUAGAAGUCGCCCUCAAGCUGGCCAAGACACACUUCUCCAACCUCGCCAUCCCCCAGCCCGAACGGUCCCAUUUCAUCGCACGAGUUGGUGCCUGGCACGGCGCCACCCUCGGGGCCCUGACCCUCGGCGACUUCAAGGUCCGCAAGGACCCCUUCCUGCCGCUCAUUGCGCAGACAUCCUCCCGGGUAUCGGCAUGCAGCACAUACCGUGGUCUGCGCAAGGGUGAAGACGAGGACGCCUACGUCCGUCGGCUGGCGCAGGAACUCGACGACGAGUUUCAACGAAUUGGUCCCCACAAGGUCUGCGCUUUUGUCGCCGAGACAGUUGGCGGAAGUGCCAGCGGAUGCGCCAUGCCGGUCAAGGGCUACUUCCCCGCCAUCAAGGCCGUGUGCGAGAAAUACGGCGCCCUCCUCAUCCUCGACGAAGUCAUGUGCGGCAUGGGCCGCACCGGCUCCCUCCACGCCUGGGAGCAGGAAGACGUCGUCCCCGACCUCCUCGUCGUCGGGAAGGGUCUCGGCGCCGGCUACGCCCCCAUCUCCGCCGUGCUCGUCAACUCGCGCCUGGUCAAUUCGUUCCAGAAAUCCGGCAAGUCCUUCGCCCACGGCCAGACCUACAUGGCCCACCCGCAAGCCGCGGCUGCCGGCCUGAAAGUCCAGCAGAUCAUCCGCGACGAGGACCUCGUCUCCCGCGUCAAGGUCAUGGGCGAACAUCUCGAAAAGCGACUCAAGGAGAGGUUUCUCCCUCACCCGUACGUCGGCGAUGUUCGCGGCAGGGGGUUGUUCUGGGCGAUCGAGUUUGUGAUGGACAAGGAGUCCAAGGUGCCGUUCCCUUCGAGUCUCGAGCUACACGGCAAGAUGCAUUCUCGUGGCAUGCGGAAGGGUUACGAGGUUGCCCUCUUCAAUGCUAACGGCGGCUACGAUGGCUACGCUGGUGACCACUUCCUCAUCUGCCCGCCGUUUAUCGUCACCGAGGCCGACAUUGACGAGAUUGUGGACCGGACGGCGAGGGUUAUUGAUGACACCUUUGCUGAGCUUGCCAGUUCGUCGGUCUGGGAUAAGAUUGCGCUGCAGAUGGAUAUGGCGCAGGAGACUGUUGCACAGGACACCAUUGCAAAGGACGCCCCGGUGGCGAAUAUUGUGGUUGGGGAGCAGUUGGUUUCUGUCAGCUAGGGACAUGGGUUUACCAUUACGGGCGUCUUUAAAAGCCACUAGACAAAAGUGUUAAUAGAUUAUAUUCCUGUUGCGUGGGAUGGUGAAUUCCUCCCAUAUCCUAACCCCUUUUUAGCCCCUUGUUGGCCCCUUUUUCGACCCCUAUUUUCGGCCCCCCUUUUUUUCACGACUCGGCGUCGGACACUUAAGAGUCGAGGACGCAACGCAACAUGGAC